AAUCAUUUUGUAAAAUAUGACAAACAGGAAAAGUUUGCAAAGUAGCAGAGCUGGAAGACGCAAAAAGAAGGAUUGAAAGGUUGAUGGUUCCAGCCUGAGCUGGAAGGAAGGAUGACCGGAGAAGCAUGUGUACCAGCAGUCAGAUCAUUGGAAGUCUCCUGGUGCUGUCUGUGCUGGAGAUAGGACUGGGCUUAUCCAGCGUGGCAGUGGGAGCUGUCAACUUUGCCAGGGUCAGGAAUAGGACGGAGCCACCGCCACAGCUGGGAGACUCUUCUCCGGUAUGGAGCGGGGCGUGUUUCCUUAUAUGUGGAGUGUGCGGUAUCUUCUGUGCAAAAAAGAAAUCUGGCCUCAUAAUGAUUCUUUUUUCUGCCUGCUGCAUCUGCGGACUCAUCGGAGGUAUCCUGAACAUUCAAUUCCUAAGGGCUCUGUCCAAGAGGUCCUCCCUGCACCUUGCCUCCUUGUCCCUGGCAUGUAUAGGUAUCAGCGGAUGCACCAUCUCCACUUGGCUUACUUGUCGCUUGGCCAGUUAUGAGCAAAGGAGGAUGUUUCUAGAAAGAGAACAUUCACUUCAUCACUCCCAUGAAAUGACAGAAAAGGAAACCAUUGAAAACAUCAGUAACGGAGGAACACAGCUUGUGUUUAAUGGACGAGUGUAGAACAAUUUUGUUUGAUGCAUAAUGACCAACUCAUUUUAUACUAAUUAUAGAAGUGAAGACUUGUAGAACAAUGUUUCUAAAUUAUCCAACAAUUUGUCCACAUUUCUUAGCGCAUUGCCAUCCAUUUACUGCAACCUUCAAGAAGCAUUGCUGUAAAACACACAAAGACUUGUAACAGGGUUUAAAAUGUGUUCUUAUGGAAAUAGGAGACACUGAAAAAUAUGAACAAAACUAUCAAAAAGCAUGCUACAUAUGAAAGCACAGGGCUUCUAGAGAUAUAUUUUGAAUUACUUACACAUCAACAAGUUCACACAGGGUAGGGCAAAGCUGAGCAAAUUAAUGUUUCCUGCACAUUCUGAUCC